ACACCCGAGAGGUUUUGGGGGGCACGUGAGGGGUUUUGGGAAAGACCUCAGGGUGCGCCUGAAGGGGUUGGGGAGCGUCUUGGGGGACACGGUGGGUUUUGGGAGGGCCAGGAGAGAACCCCAGGGGAUUUGGGGGGCUCUGGGCUCACACAGGACCACCCCAGAGGUUUGGGGGGUCAGGAGGGAGCUGUGGGAUUUUGGGGAAGGAGUGACACCCCUGCCUCCUCUUCCCCCUCCAGGUACACCAUCUUCAAGGACCACGUCACGCUCGGGGACUAUGAGAUCCACGAUGGGAUGAACCUGGAGCUCUACUACCAAUAGUGGCCCCUUCCAGUGCAUCCCGGUCCUUCCCAGUACAUCCCAGUGUCCCCCACCCCCAUUUUCACCCCAUUUCUCCCCCUGGAGCUGCAUUGAGGCUCCAAACCUGCCCCGUUUGUUUAUAAAUAAAGGCGAUUUUGGGGCCUCCGUUGUGUUUUGGUAGUUUUGUGGCAACAUCCCGGGGUGUUUUGUUGGGAUAUCACGAUUUUAUGACAACAUAUCGCGAUGUUACAGCCAGCAAUUGUACAGGGGUACAUGAGCCUGAAAACCCAGAGCUCCCGAUAUGGAUAAAACUCACGAUAUGUGGGAAUCUCCGGCGAUGCAGAAGAGAAUCACGACAGAGGCGCGGGGGGGGCGUUGCUAUGGUAACGGCCACGUUCCAAUCAGGCGCUGCGUAGGCGGCUUCGUUGCUCCGGCAACGGGGGCCUUCCAUGAGGACGGCGCGCAAUAUGGCGGCGCCCAUGACGAGCGCGGUGCCGGCGCCGGGACAGGGCUGAGCUCGGGGGACCAGGAGCCGGCACCGGGCAGGGGCAGCUUGGGAUCGCCCGGCAAUGGCGGACGGGCUGGGACGCGCCACGGGAAUUUGUGUCUCUCCUCAGGCUGCCAAGGCCAGGAGCAGGAUACCAGAUCCCAUCGAGGACGUGCUCGGGGAGCUCCUGGGGUUUGAUGAAGAGCCCCUGGCUCCCCCUUCGCGAGGUUCCCAGGCCCCCUUCCCGCAGGUGAGCCCCAGGGAGAGCCUGGAUCUGGAUUCCGGAGGCAAAUUCCCAGCAGGGAACGAGAAAUUCCCAACGGAGAACGCAGAAGGGACGAAGGAGCUGGAUCACCUGGAUGAGCUGGAUGCGGAAAUCCUGGGAAUGGCCAGAGUCGGGUCCAGGCUGGGGAAACACGCCGGGAAGGGGCUGGGUCCUGGAAAAGGGGCAUUCCCAGAUCUGGGGGACCCCCUGGAAAAGCCGUACCCGGAGGAGCCAGCGGGGCUUGGGAACAGCUCCGGGAACAAAGCAGGACGGAGCAGGGACAGCGCCCCACCACGUCCUGAUGUCACCUUUGGGGACGACGUCGAUGACCUGGUGGAUUCCCUGGGGCUCGGGAGCAGUGCUGAUGGAGCCAGGAAUGCGCAGGGAACACCGGGAAGCCAGGGGCUCCGGAAGGGCCACACCAGGAUCCAGGAGCUGCUGGGAGGAGGCUCUGCGGGAAAAACCCCAGAACAGCCGGGAAAAGUGGAAUUGCAGCCGGAUCCCAAGGAGCAGGAGCAGACGGGGCUGGGCAGGUGCCGAGAGGAGCCAGAUUCUCCCUUCGGAUUCUACGAGCCCUCGGUGGCCUCAGGGACUGGGCAGAGACGGGGACGGAGGUGUCUGGUUGGGACCAGCUCCCGACGUCCCUCUGGGGCCACCUGGCUGGGGCUGAAGGAUGAGGAUUUCCCAGGAUUGGGAUCAAAGGAUGAGGAUUUCCUGGGAUUGGGACAGAAAGACAAAGAUUUCCCAGAACUGGGACAGAAGAACAAGGAUUUCCCAGGAUUAGGACAGAAGAACAAGGAUUUCCCAGGACUGGGAUCGAAGGAGAAGGAUUUCCCGGGACUGGGACAAAAGAAUGAGGAUUUCCCAGGGUCAGGGCCCAAUCCCCCAGGUCAGGAGGAUGGGAGCUGGCUCAGCACUGCCCUGGCACGGAAGCAAUCCCAGGCUGAGGCUCCAGAGCAGAGUUCCCACACCCAGAGGGUCCCAGAGCCCCACGAGCCCAGCAGGCUGGAUCUCCCCAUCAGGACACAGCCCCGUGGGCAGGUGGCAGCAGCAGUGCAGGAGGUGCCGGGUCCUGCCACACCUGCUCAGGAGGAUCUGCUGCCAGCCCAGCCCUGCUUGGAGAAUCCCCGAGCUCUCCCAUCCUGGCUCUGCCCAGAGCAUCCAGGAGCUUUCCCAGCCCAGAAGCGCCAGGAGGAUCUGGAAACAUCCCAGCCCCACCAGGAGGAUCCAGGGGCUCUCCCCUCCCAGCCCCACCAGGAUUCCCAAACUCUCCAGUCCCAUCCGUGCCAAGAGCAUCCAGGCUGUGGGAUCACCCUGCGCAGCCUCCAGGCCCGGGUGGAGGAGCUGGAAAACCAGGUGCGGACUCUGGAGCUGGAGCGGGCGCAGCGGGGACCGGUCCUGGAGAGCUCCUACAGGAGUCAGGGAAAGGUGCAGAAACAGCAGGAGAGACCACAGCAGGAAAAGGAGCAAAUCCCAUCCCGGAGCCAGGGCACGGCACGGGAUCACCCUGGAUCCCAGGAGCGGGAUGAGCAGCUCACAGUGCUCCAGGACAGGCUGUGCCGGCAGCAGCGGGAUGCAGAGCGGGAGCAGAGCCGGCUCCAGGAGGUUGUGGCUGACUUGGAGACCAGGCUGGGAGAGCGGGAGCAGCUCCUGGAGCAGGAGCGCCGCAGGGCCGCAGCCGAGCGCUCCAGGGCGGAUUCGCUGCGGGACGCGCUGGAGGAGCAGCGCCGGCUCUCGGCACAGCUGCUGGCCAUGGAGAGGGUGGCGCUGGACGAGGCCAAGGGCACGUGGCUGGAGGAGCAGCGCGCAGAGCUCCAGGAUCGCUCCGAGGAGCGGCGGCGGCUGGCGGCCGCCUGGGCUGAGUUCCACACCCGGGAGCGGCUGAGCCGGGAGCAGGCGGAGCAGGACAAGGAGCGGGCCCUGGGCAUGGAGUCUGCGCUGAGGAGCCUGGCCAAGGAGCAGGCAGAGCUGAAGUUCCGGAGCCGGGAGCUGAGAUCCAAGGAGGAGCAGCUGGCAAGGGACAGGGAGGAGCUGGACGAGGCCCAGCGGGAGCUGAGGCUGGAAAAGGAGAAGGUUCUCCGGGCCGAGCAGCGCCUGCGGGAGCGGGAGGAGCAGAUCCAUGCCCUGGCUGAGCGCUCGGAGCAGCGGCACCAGGACGGGGAGCGGGCACUGCGGGAGGCACGGAGCGUCCAGGCCGAGCAGCGGGAGCGGCUGCAGGCCCUGCGGGAGCAGCGGGAGCAGCUGAGGCAGCAGGAGCAGCGUCUGCACCAGGACCGGCUGAGCCUGGAGCGGCAGAGGGAGCAGCUCCAGCGGCUCCGGGAUGAGCUGUCCCCUGCUCCAGGGACACUGCUGGGGACAGUCCCCAUCAAUGGGCUGGCUCCGGUGGCUCCUGGGCUCCUGCCUCCUGUGGGGAUGUUCCUGGGGGACAGCAGGGACCACCCAGGCUCGGCUGCACUCUAUGGACACCUCCUGCUGCUCAAGCACCGUGCCCAGAUGGACCACGAUUUCCUGGAGAAUGAGCGGCUCUUCUUGGAGUCCCUGAAGAAAGGGCCCUGAACUCCCCCUGCAUCCCUGGGGAUUUCUGUGUCCCAAGCUGACACUGUGGCAUAUCAAAAAAUAAAUGUAUUUUUGUAAAAAUAAAUUUU